AUGACGGUUCCGCUGCUCCCUGUCAUAAUUCUUGCGGUUUUAAGUCUUAGACCAGAAUUUGCGAUCGCAGACCAAGCCAAAUACCUAUCCAGCUCGUCGACACAGCAAAAAAAUGAUAGUCUACUAUGGGGUCCAUAUAGACCAAACUUAUAUUUUGGAAUCAAACCUCGUAUUCCUCAAAGCUUUCUCGGGGGCUUAAUGUGGACACGUGUGGACGAUUUUACUUCACUCCAACAAAACUUUCGGCACACCUGCGAGCAAUCUGAUAAACUACAUGGCUACGGCUGGGACGAAUUUGAUGUCCGGAAUGGCGGCAUUCAGAAUAUCUAUGAUGAAGGUAAUGGUAUUGAUAUCACUACCUCAUUCAUAAAAAUUCCUGGUGGUGCUCAUGGGGGUAACUGGGCUGCGCGAAUUCGUGGAAAAGUUAGAAAGGGAUUUCCACAAAAUCUUAGAACGACAACUAUCUUUUAUGCCUCACUAGAGGGUAUCGGAAGUUUAGAGGUUCAAAAUAAAGGUGAUCCUAGUGGCGUAACGGGUGACGUUACUUUAACUGGAGAUUCUCAAAGGAUUGGCAGCUACAAUUUAGUAAUCUCUACAGGGAGUGGAAAACAUCCCAAGUUUAACCAUGCUGCAUCCAAGUUAAAACCUUUAGAUCGAACCUUCAUAAACUCCAUACGCACUCCUGGGGACUUGGUUUGGCAGACUAAAGAAAUAUUAUUUCAGAAGCUCCAAGAGCAAGUUGAGACAUAUUUAAAAGAUUAUGGCCAAGAAAACCCGCCCCCUCCAUCACAAAUGUACACAGUCCCUCACCAGCCUGGCGAUGGAAAUUUGCAUUUAGUACAGAAAGUAUUUGAAGGAGACUUUGAGUUUGAUGUUAUCUUCCAAAGUGGUUCCUCAGGGAAAAAAAUCAUACGCAGCGAGAUUUCAGAACUGAUUGAAGAGACUUCAAAAGAUUACUGGCAAAAAUUUUCAGCAAAUUUUGACCUUCAGCCGCCCUUCGAAACAAAAGAUUUAAAGAGUUUCGGUAGUAGUAUGUUUUCCAACCUAGUCGGUGGACUAGGAUAUUUCUAUGGAGAUUCAGUAGUUGAUAGGUCAUAUGCCUCUGAGUAUGACGAGGAAAACGAGGGGUUCUGGGAGGACACUGCUGCGGCUAGGGCUCGAAAGCAAGAAAAGCUAGAGGGUCCUGCUGAACUCUUUACAACAGUUCCAUCACGUUCUUUCUUUCCUCGUGGAUUUCUUUGGGAUGAGGGUUUCCACCUACUUCUAGUUAUUGACUGGGAUAUAGAUCUCGCCCUAGAAGUUGUAAAGAGCUGGUUCAACCUCAUGGAUGAUGAUGGUUGGAUUGGCCGCGAGCAAAUACUCGGAGCUGAAGCACGGAGUAAAGUUCCAACCGAGUUUCAAGUACAAUAUCCUCAUUACGCUAACCCGCCUACGCUAUUUCUGAUCAUUGAUGCACUGGUUGCCAAGGUGAAAGCUUCACGAAAAGCACCCUCAUCGGGCGAGGCAAGGCAGUCUGAACCUUCCGACGAAGUUGGUAAACUUGACUACAUUAUUGAAGACCUCCGCGAGCUCUAUCCUAAACUUGAGAAACAUUACCGUUGGUACCGAAAAACCCAAGCAGGAGACCUCAAAUCCUACGAUCGCACUGCGUUCUCUUCAAUCGAAGCUUACCGCUGGAGGGGACGUAGUCAAAAACAUAUUCUUACCAGUGGUCUAGACGAUUAUCCACGUCCACAGCCCCCACAUCCGGGUGAGCUACAUGUCGAUUUGAUAUCUUGGAUGGGCUUGAUGACUAAAUCUCUCAGAAAUGUUGCCGAAAUUCUCGACCAAUACGAAGAUGCAAUUGAAUUAGCAGAUAUUAGCAAUGCUAUUGUUCUCAAUAUUGACGACUUGCAUUGGUCAGAAUCCCAAAAAUGUUAUUGCGAUGCUACAAUUGAUGACUAUGAAGAGAAUGUACUAGUCUGCCACAAGGGCUACAUAUCUAUUUUCCCAUUCUUAACCGGACUAUUAGAUGCACGUAGCGAAAAAUUAGGUCAUAUAUUAAACUUAAUCGAAAAUAAAGAUGAAUUAUGGAGUGACUUUGGAAUUCGAAGCCUUAGUAAGAAAUCCGAGUUCUAUGGGACAGACGAAAACUAUUGGCGUGGGCCUAUAUGGAUGAACAUUAACUAUCUUAUAGUCUCUCAACUACUAGAAAUUGCUCAAACUCCAGGGCCGUACCAGGAAAAAUGCCAUAAACUUUACGGUCAGUUACGAUCAAAUCUGGUUCUAACGGUAUUUAACUCCUGGUCUGAGACUGGAUUUGCUUGGGAGCAAUAUAACCCCGAGAAUGGAAAGGGCCAACGAACGCAACACUUCACUGGUUGGACUAGUCUAGUGGUCAAAAUCAUGACCCUACCACACAUAAAUAGUCUAAAUCAGCCAGCCGAUAUAUCUUCAGAAAGUGCCGCAUUGGAAAGCAGUCAUAAUGAGCUGUAG